AUGGCAAACCCAGCAACACAGCGCCGUCGCCCUGAGGAACUCGCCGCAGUUACAUCGCACUCGUGCCUGCCUCAUCGCUUGCCAGACCAAGAACCCUCGGUGUGCGCCGCCGGAGGCAAGCUCCAAGCCACAUUUGCUCAGGUGGACGCCAUGUGGGCUACGGGCCGUGUUCCGCCGAGGUCCUUUCGCCCUCCUGCUCGUGUUCGUCGACCGCUCGCCAUGGACGCCAUGCAGACAGAAGCUCUCCCGAUUCAGCAGCCACAUCAACACCCGUCGCAUCAGCAACAGCAGCAGCGUGAGCAACAAGACGAUGACGACAAGUCCCGUGUUCCUCAAGCAAUGGCAUCCACGCUGCAGCCCAGCCAAGACCCUCUGUUCAAGCAAGAGGACACCACUGAGCGGCAGAAUGUUCUACAGGACGCCACACCCGAAGCAACGCAGCCUGAACAGCAGCAACCUGACCAGCAAGACGUAAUUGUGCCCGAGACACCGCCGGAACUGCAGCCACAGACGGUUGACCAGCUGGAUAUGCAGCAGGAAGAUGUGCUGCUCAACCACGAUGAUUCAGCCAUACCACAUGACGCUCCGCCCAUGUACGACUGCUCAUCUCAGCUUGCAUGGAAUGGCUGA